AUGUUCCCCUCGACUCUCUCGUAUACACAAGUGCGGGACUUUGCCUACCCUGUCACUCAUCCUUUACAUUAUGGCCCGCCGCCUGAACCUUCGGGCCCGCCAUCAGGCAUGACGACGCCCGCAAGCGAGCACCGGCGAUUGUCAGACCCUCCGGGCUCCUUGGACGCACGCAUGCCUUGGGAAUCAUGGGGUACUGAAGGAUUUAACCGUGCUCAUGACCUCGCUCCCAUCCAGUUCGACGGUGGCCCCCCAUACAGCGAAGACGAGGAUUUGCAAAGCCCCGUCGUGGCCACACGCCACCGCAAGCAUAAAUCGACCUCAGCGGCGACAGGCAUGAGGGGGAGGACAGGUCGUGAUGAUGUGCGUUCGUCCAACUAUGAUCAUGAGCGGGGUUACUACAUGGGAACUAGUGGAGACGGCAGCGAAACAUACUAUGUGAAUAGUGGCAACGAGGCCAACGGUCCUGGCGGAGAUUUUGUCACAUAUCCCCCAGACCAGGCACGACACAGCCGGGCAUAUCAUAUUGCCCAACAACCUAGGGCUGCCGAGGGCGGCUUCAAUGACGAGUCUCGCUAUUCACGAGAUUAUCAGUUUACUAUUACGUCGCCGGACGAAGAGUUCCACGGCAAGGCCGUUGCCUUGUUCGAUUUCGAGCGAGAGAACGAGAACGAAUUGCCUCUGGUCGAGGGUCAAAUCAUCUGGGUUUCGUACCGACAUGGGCAAGGCUGGCUGGUUGCCGAAGACCCCAAGACGCAAGAGAGCGGCCUGGUGCCCGAAGAAUAUGUCCGAUUACUCCGCGAUAUCGAAGGAGGAAUGAACAGCCUAACUGGCCAUCUUGUGGAGGGAUCUGGCUCUCCUGACCCAAUCGUGUCGAUGUUCUCGACAUCGAGCAAAGACCUUGACCCGUAUCCCACCGAACAACUGGGACUUCAAUCCGGACAAGCACCCCCGCAAGUCGUCCACUAUCACGGGCAACGCGGGGGCAGCCAAGCAAACACACCGACAAUCGCGCAGUCUCAAGAUACUGGCAUUCUGAGGAGGGAGAGCCACGAUGGUGGAACGAGAAGGGACUCGAACGUCACGCCGGUGCAGGAGAAGCCACCAAUGGAACUGGGAGAGCCGGUCGCCGUGGAAGAAGUGAAAGAAGUCGGGAGGUGAUACCAAGGGUUGAAUAAUAAUGAAUUGCAUGCCACAUUUAAAGAGACGCUCAUGAUUCAAUAUA